AUGACGCAAGAGAGCAUAAUUACGUUGAUUUCUUGUGCGGACAAGGAUAUAUACAAUGCGACGGAAAUCAAGCUGGUGGCUAGCAAGGCUGUGGAUUUUUCUGAAACGUUCAAAAAGAUACAUGUGUGGAACCUGAACUACCCUUCUUUCACCCUGUCAGGAAAACCUGAGGGAACUGUAAAAAGGGUGUUCCGAAGAACUGUGACAAAUGUUGGGACAGGGCAUUCUAAGUACAAGGUAAAAGUGAUGUCCUCUAAAGAGCUUAAGAUCAAGGUGAACCCAAAAGUAGUGAGGUUUAAAGAUGUGGGUGAAACGAUGUCGUUUCGUGUCACGGUGAAGGCAAAGCUGAAGCAGAGUGGGAUUGUCUCUAGUAUUCUGGUUUGGUCUGAUGGAACUCAUCAAGUCAGGAGUCCUCUUGUUGCUCAUACAUUACAAAAACCUUCAUUUUCUGGUUUUAUUGGGUACCAAAUAGAUGUUUUGUUUAACUCAAAUAUAUCUAUUUGUUGGGAUAGCGAAUAA